AUCCUCUCAUUCCCUUUUUUCUAACCUCGAUGCCCCUAAUCUCUUCUCAAGUUAUCCAUUUUACCAUUAUCCCCCUUAACCCAAAAUGCUUCCCCUAUCUCUCUUUCUCUCUCUCAAAUUUGGGGUUUAAUCUCCUUUGUUCUUUUAUUGAUCAUAAAUCUCCUAGUUUGGAGAAGCUUCUUAGGAGCUAGGAAAGCUAUAGGGUGUGCGUAUGCAAUGUAUUAAUCUAGUUGGGUUUAAAUAAAGUAGAGAAACCACAUCACACGCACAUUCUCUCUCUCUCUCUCUGAUUUGCGUUUGUGAGUGGAGCUCAAUUUCCUCUCAAGUGUGUAUCCCAAUCUCAGGAAUUUGGUAGCACCCAGGCAAACAAAAAAGGCAACAAAGAAAUAGAGAAUCAGCUUCAGUUUAUUCAGUCUCCAAUGGGUUUUCCUGUUUAGGGUUUACAAGGUUACCCAACAAUCUCCUCCAUUACCAACACUAGCGCCACAGAUAUGCUUCUUUUCUCCUAAUUAUUCGCUCUACUUCAUUUUCCACCAAACCCCCCAUGGAUUUUCUCACAAAAUCAAAGCAAGAAGAAGAAGAAGAAGAAGAAGAAGAAGAAGAAGAAGAGGAGGAGGAGGAAGAAGAAGAAAUCCCGACUGUUGCAUGCGAUUUCUUCACAAAUUCCCACUCUCAAAACCACCACCACUGCCUUCAACACCCUCCAAAUCACUCCCAAAAUCAGCACCCUCCCAUGGACUUGUCCCUCAGAAUUGACUCCAACAACAAUGGGUUUGCGGUUGAGAGAGAGCACAUGUUCGACAAAGUGGUCACUCCAAGCGAUGUCGGAAAAUUAAACCGUCUUGUCAUCCCAAAGCAACACGCCGAAAAAUACUUCCCUCUCAACUCAACAACCAACGACAAGGGCCUCAUCUUGAACUUCGAGGACCGUAACGGCAAACCCUGGCGCUUCCGUUACUCCUACUGGAACAGCAGCCAGAGCUACGUGAUGACAAAAGGCUGGAGCCGUUUUGUCAAAGACAAGAAAUUGGAUGCAGGCGACGUGGUUUCCUUCCAGCGUGGCGUUGGCGAUUUCGCCAAGGACCGCCUUUUCAUUGACUGGCGCCACCGUUCCGACACAUCUCGCCCUCACCCACUCCUCCUCCUCCCACAGUCUCUUCGGUGGGCAUCUGACCGCCACUUUACUACUCUCCCACCUCCGCCGCCACUGCAGCCCAGACGAACCCACCACCAUCUCUAUCCCAAUUACGCCUUACAAAUGUCAAAUUUGGGGAUGGGCAGUCACGGUAGUAAUAAUAAUUCUUCCAUGUAUUAUUUUCAACCCUCCAUUUCCUCUUCUACUUCCUCCUCUCUCUAUAGGAUGCGGAAUGGGGAUGGGAUUGUGGUAAAUAAUGAAGGGUCUUCGAUGGGGAUUAACAAAGGCGGCUCCGGCGGCACGACCCUCAAACGACUCCGCCUGUUUGGAGUGAAUAUGGAGUGUGCUGCAGCUGAUGGAGAAGGAGAACAUGAUGUUCCAAACGGCGGCGUUUCGAGGAGAGGGAAAGAGCCCUUGCCGUUGAAUUGGGAUGAGUGAUCGGUUGGUUUUUGUGCAACAACACAAUUGAAGAGAAACGAGUACAGAAACCCCUCAAAAGAACAAGGUUUGGCAAGAAAGAAAAAUGAUAGUUGAAAUCUGAUAUGGGAAUCUUCCAUUAUAUAUGAAAUUUCUGUUUCUCUUCUCUUUUUCUAUUUUCCAUUUUUUUUUUAACACAGUUUCUGUUUUAUUUUUACUCCAAAAAAGUUGACCAAAUGCCAUGUAAGUGGAAGAAAAACAAGAUACUGGAUCCUCAAAACUGUUCCCCUUGGCAGCCCUUGAACUUCAUUUUACUUAUUUACUAUUAUUAUUA